CGCGGAAUAAAAGAUAAAUCAGAGAGAGGAAGAAAAGUCAUCCAAAUUGUACGACGUCCGCACCCUGUUCCAAGUAGUACGCCCGCUUUUCUCAGAUUUUCGCGUAUAUUUGCUGCUUUUUCGUGAUACAUUGGCUGAAAUUCGUCCAUUUGCACACCCGGGAAUGGUUUGAGUACUGUGAAAGUGUGUAAUCGUGAAAACUGCGGGUUUUCUGUGGUGCGGAAAAUCUGCCCGUCGCCGCCGUGGGCAUUGUGCGAGCGAAGGUGACAGGAAAAGUGAAAAUGUCAAAUUCGAUCUACGCCAGGAAUUGGGACUGCCGCUUGUCGUCGUCGACUGAUUUUUACUAUUGCGGGUGAUUUCAGCACUGCGUGUGCGAAACUUGUGUUACGCUGGGAUUCGUGGAAGAAGUUUUGUGUGGUGGCUGACAGGCGUUGCGGAGUGGCGAGUGACGGCAGGAAGAACUGCAUUUGGUAUGCCGACGGUGGAAGCGUGAAUGGAUCUCGGCGAGGUGAAAACAUAACCAUGCGUUCGGAUUCUGGUCAUCCAAUUUUAUAAAUACAACAUAACGAAUUCAAAUUCAACGUAAGAUAGCCAACUAAGUACAUAUUAAAAUGCCGCUUCCAAAACGUCAAAUUGAACCAGUGCACGUAGCACGAUCGGUCUACAACCGAGAUGAUAUACAACCGACUGAACUAGAAACCGUUACAAACACUACAUUAACGAAUAUCAUUCGACAACUAUCAUCACUUUCAAAACAUGCCGAAGACAUAUUUGGCGAACUGGCUCGUCAUGUAGGCAAUUUAGCUGAUGGCGCAAAUUCAUUGCAGGCUCGUAUUGACCGUCUAUCUAUAAAAGUAACCCAACUGGAUAGUACUGGUGAGGAAGUCCCCUUAACAGACAUCCAACUGAAAAAGGCCUUCAAAUCUGCAAAAGUUUUUGAUCAACAAAUAUUUUCGCGAGCAACUAUGCCUGCUCCAAUGCUAGAAACUUAUGCGCAAUGUGACAAGCCACCACCUUUGGAUAAAUUGAACGUGUAUCGGGAUGAUGGCAAGGAUGGUUUGAAAUUCUACACAGAUCCAAAUUAUUUCUUCGAAUUGUGGCGACAAGAAAUGAUCAAGGAUACUGAACGAGUGAUGCAUGAUAAGGGAAAGCAGAAACAUCGACCGAGAACGGAUGGUGCUGGUGGAGGAGGUGGACCCCGUGGACAUAAGAAGCGUGUUAGAACCCCGCAUAACACUCGGGAAAAGCAACGACAGAUUGCUAUUGGACAUGGUGAAACGCUUAUGCCGAACAAUGUGAUUUAUAGGACACCGAAUUCAGUUAUAAAUGAAGAGACAACAUACGGCAAUCAUGUCAGGCCCUAUAAUAUGCUAUCACAUUUGGAAACAAAUCACAAUGUUACCUUAGUAACAGCGGUUAUGAUUUCAGGUAUGGGAGUGUACGAUACGAGACCAGCACGUCCGAAUUCAAUCGAAGUCCGAAGAAGUUAUCCAGCUGAAGCGGUAGACGGUGGAGGCUAUGGGCCACUGUCGCCUCAAGGAAAUCAGUAUCCACAGGCAGUAGGGAAUUAUCAAGCCCCGAAUGCGUUACAGCAGCAGCAGCUUCAUCAACAGCAACAUCAACUUUAUGAUGAAGCCACAUACAAUUCCCAACAACUCUACAGUGGCCAAGGACCGAUGUCAUCGGAAAGUUUAUAUGCCCCUGGAACUCCAUCCCGAACAAAACCGCGUCCAUCACAACCUCCACCUGCUCCACCAUCGAGCGGAAGCGGAGGGGCUACGCCAAAUACUUCAAAUGCCAAUACUCCGACGAGAGGAAGAAGCAUGUCGACUGGACGUGACAAUCUUCCACCUCCUCCGCCAAUUCCGGAUGGUAUGACAUCGCCACCGCCACCACCUAUUAAUGGUGGUGCCGUGGCUGCAAAACUGUUAGCGCGAAGUCAUAGUACUUCGAGGGCGGGAUCUCCGCAGUUAGGACCCAGCUCAGCUGCUCAGGAUGCCAAUGCUCUUGUGAUGGCUCAGUUGAAUACUCAAAUCAAUAGCUUGAAUACCAUUAACGUGCAAAUGACACAGUUGAAUGCUAUGAACGAUCUGCCACCACCACCGCCGAUUCCAGAACAGCUUUCACCAAAAAUGUCACCACAAGAUAAUGCCCCUCCGCCACCACCACCGCCCCCGCCACUUGAAGUCGGUAAUGGCAACGGCGGCAUCGUACAACAAAUUGUACAGCGAAUAUCAACGGAGAAGCCAAUUGCUAAUGGUGACAUUCCAUCAAAUACUUCUAUAAUGCCAAACGCCCAAGCGGCAAACGGAGUGUUAAUUAGUGGUGCUCAACACAUGGUUGGGCCAAAGAAAAUUCUACCACCAUUCCAUGAUUCUCGAACUGAUCUUAUGAAAGCAAUUAGAGACGGCAUUACCUUACGAAAAGUGGAGAAAUGUGAACAACAAAAAGAAAUUGAACGCAAUACUGGCUUGCAUGAUGUCGCUUCAAUUUUGGCUCGUCGCGUUGCAAUUGAAUUAUCUGAAUCGGAAGAUUCUGAGAGUGAAGACGACAGUGAGGGUUGGAUGGAACCGAAUGAAACGUCUGCUUGAUCGUUAGUGGAUAGCGGGACAGGUGGUAAAUUGGCAACGAUAACUACGACAAAAAAGAAAAAAUAGUGAUGAGCGAUGAUAGACAUGCAUAACAAUAUUAGGGAAAAAACAUCAUUUAUGUAGACAUAAUUGUAGGCUUAUAUCUUGAAUGAUAUUUCACGAUGAUAAAGUGUUAUUUAUUUUCUACAUAAUUAGACAAUAUAGAAAUAAACCAAGAUGUAGGGUGAAAGUGGGUUUUUCACAUUUUGCGGCAGUUUGAGUUGCAUUUUAUGAUUUUUGUCUAUGUAAAUUGAUUGUAAAGCAGAGGAGCAGAUAGUUUAUGUAAAAUAUGUUUUGUUUUCCGCUUUAAUAAUCUUAUACAAAAUAUAAUUCGAAAUCAGUUGCUGCUGUAGUUUGAUUUGCGCAAUUUAAAUUUCAACGUGCAGUGAGAUUUCGCUUUUUCAUUGUUUGUUAAAAUUUUCCAUCUGAAGAUAUUAUCAUAAGCAAACUUCACGUCGAGGAAACGAUUGACGAUAUCUGUUCGCAUGAUAGCUGAAUUUUUAUAUAGAAAAGUGGCGAAUUCAAAGUAAAUUCGAUCAUCAUUGCUCGCUCGACUAGCUUAACAUCCAUUUGCAAUGUUUGCCAUAACGAAGAGAAUUGGUACCUCGUUGGAGAGUUUAUGCUUACAAAUGCUUGUACGGAGUCACCCGGAAUACACGCUCAAAUUGUUUUAAUAUUUUCUUCCUCAUUGUUGAUUUGCUACAAACAUAUAUGAAUAUAUUACUCUCGUCAUAAAAAUUACUAUAAAUUGCAAUAGAGAGAGCAUUGUGUACAUAUAUUUGAUAAUUAUUACUAAUAAAGCAUAAAAUAGAUAGAUAUUAUAUGGAAAAAUAUCAAAAUAUAUUGAAUAUCUCUACCCGUAAUAUUUAAUGAACCAGAAGAAGAAAUGAAGCGCUAAUCUGUACGCAAACGUUUUGCUAAUUAUUAUUUCUUGUUUUGUAUAUUUUUAAAAAAAUUCUGAUAACUAGACUAUGAACUUAGGAAUUAUGGUACAUAUGUAUUUUGUUUAUGCAAGCAUUGACAGAAUUAAAAAAAGAAAAAGGCUGAGAAGCUUUGAUUACAUUGUAA